CACUAUUCAGUCACUUCAGAUGAAGUUAUUACUAUUAUUAUUAUUAAAUAUUACACUCACAAAAAUUCAAAAAUAAUAAAGACAUUGUGCCUUCCAUUGUGUCUUCCUCUCUCUAUCACACUCCCUCUCUUCCUCUCGCUCUCUCUCUCUCUCUCUCUAUCUCGUCUGUCUCUCUCGGUGCUUCAGUUUCGUUGUCUCUUCAGGGAGUUGCAGCUCUUAUCUGUAGCUCCACAGUACCUCGUCUCCUCCAGGGCUCCAGACAGGGCGACACUCCCCUACACCGACAGUAUGGAGAAUGGUCAGCAGUAUAGAGGUCAGUAUGGAUCCCCCCAGCACAUCCCAGCUCCCUCCUACCCCGGCCCCCCAGCGGCCUACAGCUUACAGGGAGGUGACAAGGGUACAGCCUACCUCCCCCAGCCUGGCUUCCAGAGAGGUGACAGGGGUGGAGCCUACCCCCCCCAGCCUGGCUUCCAGGGAGGUGACAGGGGUGGAGCCUACCCCCCCCAGCCUGGCUUCCAGGGAGGUGACAAGGGUGGAGCCUACCCCCCCCAGCCUGACUUCCAGGGAGGUCCCCAAGCUGGCAUGUACCCACCACCUCCCCAAUACAGCAUGGCACAACCUAGAAACACCCCUGGGGUAACCCAGGUGGUGAUACAGCAGCCGCUGCUAAGAGACGUACCCGGCCAGAUGAUGUGUCCCCACUGUCAGGUCCCGGUUCUGACAGAGACCACACACACCCCUGGACUGCUCACCUGGCUCAUCUGUGGAGCCCUCUUCUGCUUCCUGUGCAUGAUAUUCUCUUGGAUUCCGCUCUGUGUUGACUCCUGUAAGGACGUAGAACACCGCUGCCCCAACUGCAAGGCAGUGAUCUACAUCCACAAACGCAUGUGAACAGACCAAGAUGAGACACCUGCCACAAAGUGAUCCUUACCUAUAUGAAUCUAUUCCAGUAGUGUAGAUCCUCUGAGGGAAACUGCAAACCCAGUUUAAUGCACCAGGAUUGGAAAGACAAUGGGCUCCUACUGUCUGUCGCUGAAAUCACUGCUGCAGUACCAGCUUUUCAUCUACUGGGAAUGUGUGACAGGGUAUUAUUAUAGUCGUCAUUUACUAUAUCGUAAAAAUUCAUGAAAUCAAA